AUCGCCUUUCCUUGGGAACCCUACUCUUCAAAACCCAUAAAAGAUAGAAGACACUAGACGGUGGGAAAGAAAGUUGAAGGCGAGAUUGAGAUUAUAAACGAGAUUAUAUUAAUUGGAGAUUGAGAAGGUGGAAAAGGAAAGAAUUACAGAGAAUGCCGCAGGUGAAAAUAAUCGCCAAGAAUUUCAUGGACAUGGUGGCAUCUUUGCCUGCCAUGAAGCUCGACGCCCUCUACCACAAUACUUUCAUUUGCGAAGCCAUUCUCAGGUCUUUGCCACCUCUAGCCAAGAAGUAUAUAUUACAAAUGUUAUACAUUGAUGUUCCGGUAACAGCCAAGGCAAUGGAGGAGUGGGUGCUGGCAGAUGGGUUUUCUAAGCAUAGAGUAGCCAUUGAUCGAUUGAUCCAGUUAAGAGUAUUUACUGAAACUUCGGACAGGAAAAAGGAAACCUCUUAUAGAUUAAAUCCAACGUUUCAGACAAAUCUUCAAAAGCAUUUAAUAUAUGGCGGGGUUUUACCAAGGGAACCAAUGCCUUCAAAUAUCACUGUGAGGCUCCCAAGCUUGGAUGAUCUAGAAGCCUAUGCCCUUGGACAAUGGGAGUGUUUCUUGCUGCAACUUAUAAGCUCCACUCAAACUGAAAAACUCACGAAUUUCAGCUCUUCUAUGAUGAAAGUUUUCCAGCGUGGUCUUCUGACUCAAAGAGAAAAAGAAGCUCCACGGUUAACUGAGAGUGGUUUCCAGUUCUUGCUUAUGGAUACAAAUGCACAACUUUGGUACAUCAUGAGGGAAUAUAUCUCUAAUUCUGAGGAGCGGGGUGUGGACCCAGCAGAUUUGAUUUCAUUUCUGCUAGAGCUCAGUUUUCAUGUUACAGGAGAGGCAUAUAAUAUAAACACAUUGACUGAGUUCCAGAGAAAUGCAAUCAAGGACUUGGUAGACUUGGGAUUGGUCAAACUUCAGCAGGGCAGAAAAGAGAGUUGGUUUAUUCCUACUAAAUUAGCUACCAAUCUGUCAAUGAGCUUAUCAGAUACAUCAUCGCGGAAACAGGGAUUUGUGGUUGUGGAAACAAACUUUAGGUUGUAUGCUUAUUCAUCAUCUAAGUUGCAUUGUGAGAUUUUACGCCUGUUCUCAAGGGUAGAGUAUCAACUUCCAAAUCUUAUAGUUGGUGCAAUAACCAAAGAAAGCUUGUAUAAUGCUUUUGAAAAUGGCAUUACGGCAGAGCAGAUAAUUUCUUUUCUUCAGCAAAAUGCACAUCCCCGUGUUGCAGAAAGAACACCAGCUGUCCCUGAAAAUGUCACAGAUCAGAUUAGGCUGUGGGAGACAGAUUUGAACAGGGUUGAGACAAUGCCUUCACAUCUCUAUGAUGAAUUCCCUUCUAGGGAUGUCUUUGAGGCAGCUUGUGAUUUUGCGAGGGAAUACGGUGGGCUGUUAUGGGAGGAUUCAAAAAAGAUGCGUCUGGUAGUGAAGGCAGAGAUACAUUUGCAUAUGCGUGAGUAUCUUCGCCGCCCAAAGUAGUAGCUGGAUACAUCCAGAAGAUGCAUGGGGCAUCUUCCCUUUUCUCUCUGACAACUGGAAAAUGAAGUGAAGCUACAUCUACUGGGAAAAUAAAACCUUCUUGGUGUCUUUCCAUUUUUCCGCUACCAAUAUCUCAAAUUUUCUUGCUGGAGCUGUCAUUGUGUACAGAUCAUCCAAUCCAAUCAAAGGGUAUUCAAAGAUCCAUCUCCUGAUAAUGUUGAAUGUAGCUGCUGGAGGGGUUUAUUCUGUACUGAGAUGGAAUAGUUGAGGCACUGCAAAUAAAGAUGGAAACAGUAAUUCGAUAUUGGGAGAUAACAGAUGUAUUAUAUUGUUACAACAAGGAGAAGGAGAACAAGAAAGGGAAAGGUUCAUCAUCCUAUACUUGCAACACUAAACAGAUCAUGGUAAUUUGUAACUGGAUAUGAAUCCCACUGCUUCAGUUCAGUGGAGUUUUUUGUUGUUACAAUUUUGUUUUUCUGUUGGUAUUCAUAUGUAGUGUUUUUUGGAUCUCCAAUUUUGCUUCAGUCCAGCGAAGGUUCAUCAUCCACCCUCACUGUGUGUGCAAACUAGGGAUGUAAACUAUCGGAUCCUUGCUUAUAAAUUUAUUCUCUUUACUCA